UUUAAAGGCAUCCCUUACGCCUUUGAAAAAUGUAGAGUAUCACGAAGGGUCUGUGUUCAUUUUCUGACCGUAAAUUGUAAUAGUGAUGAACGCCCCCGGGGUACGAGUGGGUGAGCAGAGCGGCCAGCCAGUGCCUGCUGCAUCCAAAGGGGGCGCUGCAGGCCUCCUUUCGGCCGCACCUGGCCCAGGACCUCCGCAGCUCUGCAACGCUGCAGCCCGAAAGGUUCGCCGCUGGCCGGCGGGGCGCCCAACCCAGACCCCGGGAAGACCCACGGACACUGCGGAAACUACCGCCUAUGAGCGGGCCAUCAGAACCUGUGGCACAACACAGGCCAGAAACACCAGCAUCCAAGAUGAAGGUGAUUUUCUCUUUAAUGGACUGCAUGCCCCACAAAAGAUCUUAUUCUGAAGGCCAUGGAACAUGUCUACCCACAUGGAUCAAGUGGGCAGACAAAGAAAACAGUUUAAAGGUCCUGUGGGAAGUGGGGAGUGCCGGGGAGAGCUCCUGAAGACAACAGGAAUUCCAAGUCUGGCACUCAGGAGAAAUCGUCCUUUCAGACUGAGUAGUUAGGAAAAACUUCCCUGAAGGAGGAGGGAUUGAGAUUGAGAUGGGCAUGGAAUCCAGAAAUUAGGCAGGGGAAGCAUACUCCUAUUUGGAAGAACCCUGACCACAGAAGUCAGCUCAAAGAGAUCAGCAUGACCCAACCAGGAAUUCGCUGUCAGAAGUCUAACGGAAAAAAUGCUGGCCAUAAUCCCCCAGGAGCCAAAGAGUUAACAAAGCUUCUAAAUGUGCCUGAUUUACUUCCAAAAAGGAGCUUCCUCCGCAGGGGAAGAAUUUGACCCAAGGUAUAAAACACUUGGAGCCCUGAGAAAACACACAGCCACACAUAAAUUCAAAGUCAGCUCUGGCUUGCUGGCAGUGGCACCCUUUCAGUUCCUCCAGACGGCUGCUCUCCUGGGCCGUGCAAGCUAUCUCAUGCAGAAGUAUUCCCUCGGCCAGUGGCUUAUCAGACAUUCUUGUCACAUUCCAAUUCUAACACAGUUCCGCCUUAUAAUAAGACCUCAGAUUUGUGCAAAAAUUCAUAUAGAAAGCUCUGCAUUUAUUAUCUUGCUGUGCACAGCAGUGGUAUGGGGUCAGCAGGGAGGGUACCAUGGAUUCAAUAAGCAUAUUUUUCUAACCCCAGUUUGAGACCCAUAAUAUGACAAAUGCGGGAUAUUUAUGGAGACAACAAGCCACAACUGGGACUGCCACUUUCAAGAGCCAUCAUUAUAGAUUCAAAUCAAAUAAAACACCAGUAUGGGAGAAACUUGGUUGAACAGAAACACAUGUUAAAGAACGAAGGGGUUUUGGUUGAGAAACUUAGUGAAUCAGUGUGACAGGACCCUUAAAAAGGCUACUGUGAUUGUAGACUGUGGGGAAGUACAAAAAUAAGUGAAUUCUCUAUUCUGCUAGUUAGAACUCACAGAAACCAUUUUAUUCUGUUCUACAGAGCAGACAGAUAUUGAGACACAGAAACAAAUAGGAAUGUGUUCAGAGAAGACCAACUAAAUGAAUUGCAAACUAAAGGUGUAACAGCUCUCAUAUUUUAAGCUCCUACCAUGAGCACAGAUCUUCAACCAAUAUAUCCCUAAUCCUCACAGUAGCCUGGCUAGACGAGUAUUUUCACUCACAGAUUUCAGAGAGAUACAGCAGCUCGGAGCGCUGAGUGUUAGAUGUGAAGGGGCUGGGAACUGAACGCAGAUGUGCCUGGCUCCAAAGCUGGCCCUCUUUCCACUACUCCACACUGCCUCCCUGUUUGAAAUAGCUGGGCAUGUUUAUUUAGUUUGAAGAAAAGAAGCCUUGUGGAGUAAGUAAAAGAAGGAAAUGUGUUUGCAGUCCUCAAAUAUUUGUGGAAGCAGCAUUAGACAUUUUAUUCUGUAUGGCUCCAAUGAGUGCAAAUUAUAGAGAAACAGAUGUCGAUUCAACAUAAAGAAUUUUCCAACAGUAGGGGCUGUCUAGAGGGAUUGGGUGGCUUGGCGAUUUGGGGAUGUGACAAAUUCCCUGUCACUGGGGGCUGGGGAACCCUGUUGCAGGUAUGCAAGCUCUGCAUGUAAGACUGAAUGACCUGUGAGGUCUUUUCCCAUCUGGUGUAAAAUAAGGCUCCAAGAUGAACUGGAACUUGACCAAGGUGAUCCUCUACUGAGGGGACAAAUCCACAAAUCAAUCUUCCCUAGUUAUGUCCUCAGCCCAGAACCCUUUGUACAACAUGCUGCUUCCUGCUGAAGGCAAGACAAAUUGAAGACAUUAUCAAUUAAAUCACAUAAACCUGACUCUCAACCAAAUUAACCAAUAUGGCCAGGCACAAUGGCUCACACCUGUAAUCCCAGCACUUUGGGAGCCUGAAGUGGGCAGAUCACUUGAGGUCGGGAGUUCGAGACCAACAUGGUGAAACAUGGUGAAACCUGUCUCUACCAAAAAUACAAAAAUUAGCAGUGUGUGGUGGUGUGUGCCUGUAGUCCCAGCUACUCGAGAAGGCUAGCUUGAGCCCGGAGGCAGAAGUUGCAGUGAGCCGAGAUGGUGCCAAUGCAUUCCAGUCCCGGCAACAGAGAGAGAUUUUGUCUCAAAAUAAUAAUAAUAAUAAUAAUUAACAAAUAUAUUCCUGAAGCGACUGGUGUCUUCCUCUUCAUUUUCAGGUAAAAGUCUUUGGCUAUAAAAAAGCUCAAAAGAUGAGUGGUAAAAGAUGAGUGGUAGAGGGAAGCAGUGGAACUGAAUAAUCUCUUAUCCAAAUAAGAUGACCCUAAAUAACAGAUGGCUGUUUCUCCAGGUGACAGUAUUAGUGGGCACCCCUAAACUAUCCUCAUACCCCUCCUGCAUUACUCCACAUAUCCCAUUAUCCCACACCUGGUACUUCUUCACCAGGUACUCCUGGGCCACUACCACGCCUAGAGGACAUCUUAUCCACUCAAACAGAUAAAUAGGCUGAAGGAUUCUAAUUAACUAAUAGAAUCUUGCAUUUUUAUAGCUCUUUACCCUUUCACAUUUAUUAUCUCAUUUGUCACUCACCACAGUCCCCUAAGGAAAACAGCUACUUUCUUUAGACAGGCAAUUUCCUAGCUGCCUGAGGAAGAAAGGGAUCCAAGCAUAAGCACGGUCGCUCUUUCUCGCUUGCUUUUUUUUCCCGUUACUCCUUUCCCAACAUUAGAUGAUGCCUCCAGCCAG